GGGGGCGUGGAGGGAACCGGGAUCUGCCUGGGGCCAGCAUGAGCCAGAGGGAGGGAAGUCAGGAAGACCCUCAGGCUGACUCCGUCUCUCUGCUUCCCCACGUGGAGGCCAAGAUCCGGCAGACACACAGCCUUGCCCACCUCCUCAUCAAAUACGCUGAGCAGCUACUCCAGGAAUAUGUGCAGCACCAAGGAGACCCCUUCGGGCUGCCCAGCUUCUCGCCACCGCGGCAGCCGGUGGCAGGCCUGAGCGCCCCGACACCGAGCCACGCGGGGCUGCAGCGGCUGCGGCUGGACUCGGCGGCCCUGGCUGCGCUGUCCUCGCUGCUCGACGUCGUGCGCCACCUCCAGGCCGAGCUGAACCCGCGCGCGCUGCGCCUGCUCCGGCGCCUGGAGGCGGGCCCCGCCCCGGGUCGGAGCCCGAAGCCCCCGCCGACCACCGCCACCGCCAUCGCCACCGCCACCGCCGCCGCCGCGGGGAUCUUCCCCGCCAAGGUGCUGGGACUCCGCGUGUGCAGUCUCUACCUCGAGUGGGCGAGCUGCACUGAGGGCGACCUGGGCCAGCUGGUGCCCGGGGGCCCGGCCUGAGCGCCGGCGCAGCUCACGCGGUCGCCUCCUCUCUGCGGCCUCCAUCUAUCUCUCGGUGUCUGUCCAGCUCUGCCGCGCCUGUCGCUAGGCCGGUCUUCAUCGCUCUGUCUCGGUGACUGUGCUUGCUUUUAUACCUCGUUCCCUUUUUCUCUCUGGACCUUCUUGUCUCAGCCUCUAAGUUCGUGUCUGCCAUUUUCUUUCUCAUCCUUGGGCCUGCUUUGGGGUCUCUUCACCCCUGCUUUGGGGUCUCUGUCUUUCGCCUUCAUUUUUUCUUGUCUUCCUUGGCCCCAUGUGAGCACGUGUAGUCUCAGCCCCAUCUCCAGAAGGCGACGCCUUGUCUCUGUCCGCUCUUGUCACUUUCUCGGUCCUUUCCUGGCCAGGGCCAGGCCUGCUGGUCUUGUGGUGGGAAGGUUACUCGACAGAUCUCAGCCAGCUUCCCUGCCUGCUGCCCACACUCCCCCAUCCAGCCCGUGGGCUCUGCCCCCUCCCUUUGUUGCCCUUCCUGUCCUUCACCUCUCUGUCCUAUCCCGCAUCCCUGCCUCCAAGCCAGGCCUAUGGACAGAAAAAUAGAUGCCUUUA